UCGGCGGCAUCGUUCUUCAGCUUCAAGAAGAGAGAUUGUUAUUCGCAAUCGACAAGGAAAAUGUCAGGUGAGGAAGUUGCUGUUGCAGCUGAGCCAGCUGCUUCAAUUCCAGGUGAGCCAAUGGAUAUCAUGACUGCCUUACAACUUGUGCUCAGAAAAUCAUUGGCUUAUGGUGGUCUUGCGAGAGGCCUUCACGAAGGUGCGAAAGUGAUUGAGAAACAUGCUGCACAGCUAUGUGUUCUAGCUGAAGACUGUGACCAACCUGACUAUGUUAAACUUGUUAAGGCCCUCUGUGCAGAGCACAAUGUUAGCUUGCUGACAGUUCCAAGUGCAAAGACCCUUGGAGAAUGGGCUGGUUUGUGCAAGAUCGAUUCAGAAGGAAAAGCUAGGAAGGUAACCGGUUGCUCCUGUGUGGUUGUCAAGGAUUUCGGGGAGGAACAUGAAGCCUAUAAUGUUGUUCUGCAGCAUGUGAAAUCGCAUUGAUUUUCAAGUUGCAUAGAUUUUGUGCUUGACUUUUCAUUUGAAGGUUAUUCCAUGAGAAUGAAUUUUGCCUUGUAGCUGGAGUAUUUUAACUGUGGUUUUGAUUGUUUAAUGACACUAUGCCGCAUUCUCGAUGUUACUGUUA